CCCACCUCCGGCCGGCGAGAGCGGAGCAAGGGGCAGGGCGCUCACCUUCCCCGCCGCCGCCGCCGCCGCGAUGGCGCUGGCCGACCUGUACACGCAGUACAACAGAGUUUGGAUCCCGGAUGCUGAAGAGGUUUGGCAGUCUGCUGAAAUUACAGCUAAUUAUAGGCCUGGAGACCAUUUUCUUCACCUCCAGCUGGAAGACAGCACAGAGCUGGAUUAUCCAGUGGAUCCUUCUGCUUUGCCACCUUUACGAAAUCCAGACAUUCUCGUUGGAGAAAAUGACCUCACAGCCCUUAGCUACCUCCACGAACCGGCCGUUUUACACAACCUUCGAGUUCGUUUUGUGGAGUCCAGGCUGAUUUACACCUAUAGCGGGAUAAUUUUGGUCGCCAUAAACCCUUACAAAGAGCUGCCCAUUUAUGGGGAUGCCAUCAUUCAUGCUUACAGUGGUCAAAAUAUGGGAGACAUGGAUCCCCAUAUCUUCGCGGUAGCAGAAGAGGCUUACAAGCAAAUGGCAAGGAAUGACCGAAAUCAAUCAAUUAUUGUAAGUGGGGAAUCAGGAGCUGGCAAAACAGUUUCUGCUCGAUACGCCAUGAGAUAUUUUGCGACGGUCAGCAAAUCUAGCAGCAACGCUAAAGUCGAGGAUAAAGUGUUGGCAUGCAAUCCGAUAACAGAGGCAAUUGGAAAUGCUAAAACUACUCGCAACGACAACAGCAGUCGCUUUGGAAAAUACAUGGAAAUCAGUUUUGAUAAGAAGUACCAGAUCAUUGGGGCAAACAUGAGGACAUACCUGCUCGAAAAAUCUAGAGUUGUUUUUCAGUCAGAAAAUGAAAGAAACUAUCACAUAUUCUAUCAGCUGUGCGCAUCGGCUCAGAGACCCGAAUUUAAGCAUCUUCAGCUGGCAAGUGCUGAAGAAUUUAAUUAUACUAACAUGGGUAGAAACACCACAAUUGAAGGAGUGAACGACCGUGCCGACAUGAAGGAAACUCAGAAAACUUUCAGCCUGCUAGGCCUGAAGGAAGAUUUUCAGAUGGAUGUUUUCAAAAUACUCUCCGCUAUUCUUCAUUUAGGCAAUGUGCAGAUCAGUCCCGUUGGCGAUGAAAAGUCUUGUGUUAAUGUGGAGGACAAACAUCUUAAUAUAUUUUGUGGGCUCCUGGGAGUCGAAAGUGAUAAAAUAGCUCAAUGGCUUUGUCACAGGAAAAUUAUUACUACCUCUGAAACCGUAGUAAAGCCAAUGACGAAACUCCAAGCUAUAAACGCCCGAGAUGCUUUGGCCAAGAAGAUUUAUUCUCAUCUUUUUGAUUUCAUCGUGGAACAAAUUAACAAGGCCUUGCAGUUUUCAGGCAAACAACAUAGCUUUAUUGGUGUUCUGGAUAUUUAUGGAUUUGAAACCUUUGAUCUGAAUAGCUUCGAACAAUUUUGCAUCAACUAUGCCAAUGAAAAACUACAGCAACAAUUUAACCUGCAUGUCUUUAAACUUGAACAAGAAGAAUACAUGAAGGAAAAUAUCCCAUGGACGUUAAUUGAUUUUUAUGACAAUCAACCUGUCAUCGAUCUGAUUGAAGCUAAAAUGGGCAUUCUAGAACUUUUGGAUGAAGAGUGUUUGCUACCUCAAGGAACUGACGAAAAUUGGCUCCAGAAGCUAUAUAAUAAUUUUAUGAACAAGAACCCUCUCUUUGAAAAACCAAGAAUGUCAAAUACUUCUUUUAUUAUCCAGCACUUUGCUGACAAGGUAGAAUAUAAAAAUGAAGGAUUUCUAGAAAAAAACCGGGACACUGUGUAUGAAGUACUGAUUGAUAUCUUGAGAAACUGUAAGUUUCGGCUCUUUGCAAACUUCUUCCAGGAUGGUCCAGUCCCUCUUUCCCCAUUCAACUCUGCAAUCAAAGUUAAGUCUGCAAAAACAGUGAUUGUGUCACCUAACAAACAGUUCCGUGCAACUGUUGGAAGUAAGUUUCGCAGCUCCUUAUAUUUAUUAAUGGAGACUCUUAAUGCCACCACACCACAUUAUGUCCGGUGCAUAAAGCCAAAUGAUCAAAAGUUGGCAUUUGAAUUUGACUCCAAAAGAGUGGUCCAGCAAUUACGAGCAUGUGGGGUGUUAGAAACCAUUCGUAUUAGCUCUCAGAGUUACCCAUCAAGAUGGACUUAUAUUGAGUUUUAUAGCCGCUACAGCAUUCUCAUGUCUCAAAGUGAACUUUCUCUAACGGACAAGAAGCACAUUUGCAAGAUGGUUUUGCAGCGGCUAAUCCAGGAUCCAAGUCAAUAUCAGUUUGGCAGGACCAAGAUUUUUUUCAGAGCGGGGCAGGUCGCCUAUUUGGAAAAAGUGCGAUCAGAUCGCCUGAGGCAAGCAUGCAUCAUGGUUCAGAAGAACAUCCGAGGUUGGCUUCAGAGGAAAAAGUUCCUCCGCGUCAGACAAGCGGCGGUCAUCAUACAACAAUACUUCCGUGGACAGAAGACUAUACGGAAAGCUAUAACUGCCAGGGCCCUGAAGGAAAUCUGGGCUGCCAUAGUCAUCCAGAAAUACAGCCGAGGAUACUUAGUGCGUAGACUUUGCCAACUCAUCCGUGUGGCUGCUUUGACGAUCCAGGCCUUCGCACGAGGAUUUCUAGCAAGGAGGAAAUACAGGAAGAUGCUUGAAGAACAGAAAGCUUUAAUCCUCCAGAAGUACGCCCGGGCAUGGCUGGCCAGACGCCGAUUCCAGAGCAUUCGCCGUUUCGUCCUGAACAUCCAGCUUUCAUACAGAGUCCAGCGGCUGCAGAAAAAACUGGAAGAACAGAAUAAGGAAAAUCAUAGUUUGUUGGAAAAGCUGGCCUUCCUUGCUUCAAGUCACUCCAGUGAUACGGAGACCAUUCAAAAACUUCACCAGGACCUUGAAAAACUAACCGCGCAGAGAAAAAUAUCUGAAGAAAACGAAAGGAAGAACAGGGUGGGCUAUGAACAGAGGGUCUCAGGACUUGAAAAGCACAACUUAGGGCUACAGGAAGAGAAGAAGAAGCUGGAAAAAGAACUUCAAAAGAAAACAGAGGAAAUGAAAGAUAAACUGGAUAAUUUGACGAAGCAAUUAUUCUCUGAUGUUCAAAGGGAGGAAAGGCAACGAAUAUUAUUGGAGAAAAAUUUCCAGAGCCAGAAACAAGAUUAUGACAAAAGAAUUGAGUUACUCAAUGCAGAAAUAAUGCUUCUCAAAGAGGAAAAUGCUCAGCUGCAAAAUCAGAUUCAAGAAAUGCAACAAACUCAAGAUGGCUUAAAAACAGAAAUAGAGGAGCUUUCAAACCAAAUAAAGACAAUCCCUGAAUUGCGAAAAGAAAUAGACUUCCUUCAGAUUCAGAAACUAGAUGCGGAGAAGCAACUACAAUUCCAGAAGCGUGAAAUGAGAGAGAAGAUGUCCGAGAUUACAAAGCAACUCCUGGAAAGCUAUGACUUUACAGACGUGAGGAGCAGGUUGUCUCCUGAAGACUUGCAGCAUUUGAAUGAAGAUGGUGAACUCUGGUUUGCCUAUGAAGGCUUGAAAAAAGCCACACGAGUUUUGGAAAAACAUUUCGAGGAUCAGAAGGAGCACUACGAAAGGGAGAUAGACGAACUGAAUGCUAAAAUAAACCAUCUGAGUCAAGAAAUCACCCAUCUACAGAAGCUCUUCAGAGAGGAAAACAACACCAAUGAAUGUAUCCGUCUCCAAGUUGCCAGGCUAACUUCAGAGAAUAUGAUGAUGCCUGACCUUAAGCGGCAGGUUUCAGAACUUCAGAAGCAGAAGUUGGACCUUGAGAAUCGUCUUCAGGAUGAACUUGCCAAGAGAAAUGAGAAAAUGGAAGACACAAAAGAUUGGACACCUCAAAACCCAGAUGAGGAACGCUCACAAAAACAAGCUUUGCCGCUUCGAAAGGUCAUGUCCACUAAAGGAAAGACGCUAGCCACGUUUCCAGUGUUUCAGCGGGACAGUCUGGAGAACCAGUCUGAAAGAGCAAAUGGGACUGGAAGCAAAGUAUGGCAGGAUGUGGCGUAUCUCACCAUGGAAAACACGGAUCUGGAAGAAGAGCUGGAUAAAAAAGACCGGUUGAUAAAGAAACUUCAGGAUCAGAUCAGAACCCUUAAAAAAUCCAUUGAGACAGGCCAUGAAGAAUCCCCGUCUUCUGUGCUGAGGGAAUACCUGGGGAUGUUGCAGUACAGAAAGGAGGAUGAACCAAAAAUCGCUCAAAAUCUGAUCCUUGAUUUGAAACCCCGUGGAGUAGUUGUUAAUAUGAUUCCUGGGCUGCCAGCUCAUAUCCUCUUUAUGUGCAUAAGAUAUGCGGAUUAUUUGAACGACGACAGCAUGCUGAAGUCCUUUAUGAACAUGGCUAUCAAUGGCAUAAAACAAGUCAUUAAGGAACACGCCGAAGACUUUGAGAUGUUGUCCUUUUGGCUUUCCAAUACCUGCCAUUUUCUUAACUGCCUGAAGCAGUACAGUGGGGAAGAGGAAUUCAUGAAGUACAACACACCACAACAAAAUAAGAACAAUCUGAUUCACUUUGAUCUGUCCGAAUACAGGCAGGUCCUUAGCGAUCUGGCCAUUCGUAUAUAUCAUCAGUUCAUCAGUGUGAUGGAGACCAGUAUUCAGCCAAUGAUAGUACCAGGAAUGCUGGAAUAUGAAAGUCUCCAGGGGAUUUCGGGCUUAAAACCAACCGGAUUUCGCAAACGUUCUUCUAGCAUCGAUGACACAGAUGCUUACACUAUGACCUCCAUCUUGCAACAGCUCAGCUAUUUUUACACAACCAUGUGUCAGAACGGCUUAGACCCGGAGCUUCUAAAGCAGGCCGUGAGGCAGAUUUUCUUUCUCAUCGGAGCAGUUACUCUGAAUAGCCUCUUCCUUCGGAAAGACAUGUGCUCUUGCAGAAAGGGCAUGCAAAUAAGGUGCAACAUCAGCUACCUGGAGGAAUGGCUGAAGGAGAAGAACCUGCAGAGCAGUUCUUCCAAGGAGACUUUGGAGCCUCUUGCUCAGGCCGCCUGGCUUCUUCAAGUCAAAAAGAUCACAGAGGAAGAUGCCAAAGGGAUCUCGGAGAACUGCACAGCCCUCUCGGCUAUGCAGGUAUUGAAUUCAUAAAGGAGAACCUUUGUAGCUCGGGGUUGAAAUGAAGGGGUCUUU